AUGACAUUGAUGAGCCAUGAUGAGAUCCCUUUAAGUGACCUGCCACUAUUUCGUGAUAUAAAAGAGGAUCUUUCGAUACAGCAACAGGAGCAACAGGCGCUUAAAAACAACAAGCAGCCCAGAUUCUCUCAAACUACUAGAAAUAAGACUCAGAUAUCCAGAAAUACUCAACAGGGAAAUAACUCGCGAGGUACUCAAUACGUGCCGCCAUUAUCGGCGUAUAGCGCCAAUGAAGAAGCUCCGUAUUUUCCUUCUGGAAGACAUACUUCUGCGGGCAGAUUCGACGAGCUUAGCAUGAGGUAUGAGCAAACACAACAGAGAUUUAAGAGUAUACGAACGCUAGGUUGGAGUUUUCUUACACCUCUCGGUAUUAACAGUAGCAUUCAAGGUCGAAAAGAGAAGCGGCUCAAUGAAAUGCAUAGGGUUCCAGAUGAGCCUACAGCAUUGGGCGAUGACGGAAGACUAAGAAACUUAACGCUACCGACAGAUUUUCAGGAAAACGGAUCAGACACUAAUUUUCAUGAUCUUGAAAUUAAUAACGAGCAUGACUUUGGACCUGAAGAGAUGACAGAUGGCAAUCGUGGAGGUGAGGAUAAUGUUGAUACUGGUGGUCACAACGAUGAUAGUGUGAACCAUGAAGAGGAUGAUGAUGAUGAUGAUAAUGACGACGACGCCUCAUACGAUUAUGAUGCAGAAUUUGCACGUGUGGAGGAUGAACAUGAGCAUGAGGAACAAGAGGAACGAAGACAUUAUAGCAAUAGAAGAAUAGUUAGAGAUGUCACUAUACAACAAUUCGUUGAGACGUCGCAUGUUGAUCGAAAUCCGUAUGAAAUAGAUGAAGAGUAUGAGGAGAGCCAUUCAAAUGUGGAUAACGGUGAUAGCGGAGAUUUUACCGAAAUUCCAUGGGUUGAUGUAUCCGAUACGGUUCAAAGUGUCGAUAGUUCAAGAGUGACAAGUUUAAACAGUCAUAUUGAUCGCCAGGCCGUUCCAGGGAGGAAUUUGAGGAGGCAUAGGCAUGUUCCAGAUAAUAAUAGUGACCAAAGUAUCGAUUCGAUACGUCAAUGA